UAAGUGAUAGAUAUACACUCAUAGUACUGUCACUUAUCAUACACAAACUUCGAGCCAUAUCCUGCAUUCACUUGGCAACACAUAAGGCAUAUGGGUGGAUGUGUUUGAGGUUUCAUUAUGGGAUGCAUGAAAUCGAGACAAGUCGGCGUGCAUGAACCACCCCCCGCCCGAGCAGAUCCAACCCCCGCCCAAGCAGGUCCAACCUCCACCCGAGCAGAUCAAAACACCGCCAAAGCAGAUCCAACCCCCGCCCGAGCAGAUCAAAUCCCCGCCCAAGCAGAUCCAACCCCCGCCCGAGCAGAUCAAAAUCCCGCCCAAGCAGAUCCUACCCCCGCCCGAGCAGAUCAAAACCCCGCCCAAGCAGAUCCAACCCCCGCCCGAGCAGAUCCAACCCCCGCCCGAGCAGAUCAAAACCCCGCCCGAGCAGAUCAAAACCCCGCGCAAGCAUAUCCAACCCCCGCCCGAGCAGAUCAAAACCCCGCCCAAGCAGAUCCAACCUCCGCCCGUGCAGAUCCAACCCCCGCCCAAGCAGAUCCAACCCCCGCCCAAGCAGAUCCAACCCCCGCCCAAUCAGAUCCAACCCCCGACAGAGCAAAACCAACCCCCGCCCAAGGAGAUCCAAACCCCGCCAAAGCAGAUCCAAACCACGCCCAAACAGAUCCAACCCCCGCCCGAGCAGAUCCAACCCCCGCCCAAGCAGAUCAUUACCCCGCCCAAGCAGAUGCAACCCCCACCCGAGCAGAUCCAAACCCCGUCGAAGCAGAUCCAACCCCCGCCCGAGCAAAACCAACCCCCGCCCAAGCAGAUUCAAACCCCCCCCAAAGCAGAUCCAACCCCCGCCCAAGCAGAUCCAACCCCAGCCCGAGCAAAACCAACCCCCGCGCAAGCAGAUCCAACCCCCGCCAGAGCAGAAGCAACCCCCGCCAGGGCAGAUCCAACACGCAACGACCCCAACCCUCCACUGAAGCCCACUAAAAAGAAGAAGAGUGAUGCGGUGCCUUCUCCGCAAGCGUUUGCUGCUAUUGAUGCGCAUGCGUUGAAGGCUCCGGCCAGUGCUCGCUCAUCUGUGACCUCCCUAGCACAGUACCUGGUAAAGCCAGCCCGGAAUGACAUGGAGAAAAUCCGGGCCUUCUACAGAUGGCUUGGUGACAAUAUCAGUUACGACGUAUCCGGGUUCUUUAGUGACAACAUUGGCUCUCAGGACCCCGAUGCAGUGCUGAAGCAUGGAUCUAGUGUCUGCGAAGGAUAUGCCAGACUCUUUAAAUCUCUCUGCGACGAAUGCAAGAUACCUUGCAAACGGGUCUCUGGUUUCGCCAAAGGGUUCGGCUACAAUCCAGAAAAUCCCUUCACACUAAAUACGGAAACGGACCAUGCGUGGAACGUUGUGUAUGUUCAGGGAGAGUGGCGCCAUAUUGAGUGUACGUGGGGAGCAGGACACGUGAACAACGACCAUAAGUACGAGAAAGAGUUCGAAGAAUUAUAUUUCCUCACUGAUCCUGAGGAUUUUGUCAUCAAACAUUUUCCAUAUGCUGACAAGAAUUUAGAAGCAAGUAUCCCUCUGCAGCUGUUGAAAAAACCGUUGUCUCUCGAGGAGUUCAGCAAUGCUCAAACUCCAAUGACCAAUGGUAUCGCAUGGGGGUUUGAAUGUACGAGCCACAAGACUCAAGUGAUCACAGUGGAAAAUGAGUGUGAAAUCAGCUUCAAGACUCGAAAUGUAAAACUCAGUGGAAUAUUGUGUGACUUGAAGGAGAAGAACACACAGCGGGAAUACAGCCAGUAUGUCCUCUUAAGGAAACAAGGAGACAAGUAUACAGUUAGAGUUUCUCCACCUGCCGAAGGCAAAUACAACCUGGAGAUCUAUGGCAAGUCAGAAUCAUCAUCAGGUACCACACACCACUCACUCAUCACCUUUGUUUUGCGAUGUCAGUCUGUUGUCAAAGGUCUGCGUCCAUACCCUAAGAAGCAGGGAUCCUGGGGUGCAAGUCAAGACGCCAUUCAAUAUGGCUUUACCAGCGACAUAUUGGGAAAGGAUGUUCUGACUACAUCGACUGGCGAAGUAGAACUCAGGAUCAAGACGUCGAAGCUUGUCCCCAUCUCACUGCGUCUUGAACAAGCAGACUCUACUCAGACUGACCUGGAUCGAUAUGUAUUUGACUUUUAUGAGGGCAAUACACUUGUUCUUAAAGCAAGAGUACCCGACGUUGGCUUUUAUAAGUUAACACUAUUUGGAAAACAUCCCGAGAACUCAGAGUCAUGUUCGUUUGACCAUGUUGCUGACUUUUUGAUUGAAAGCAAAAAAGCUGUAAGCAAUGUUCUCCCUUUCCCCGAUGCUUACACUGCUGCUCAGAAAUAUGGCUGCCAUCUGCAUGAGCCUCUCUCUGGUGAUCUUCCAGCCAAUCAGGAUGUCCGACUUAAACUAAGCUCAGAUAGUUUAACUGAGUUAAUGGUCAACAAACAAGUGAAGGAGAAGGAAGGUAAAGAGUUCAACUUUACCUUUAAGACGCCGUCAAAGGGAGAAGAGUUAAGUGUGUAUGGUACCUCUGGCGAUAGUUCUAGCUUUCAUGGCCUGUACACGUACAGAAUCGUGUGACUUAAAGGUGCAUUUCAACAAAGACAUCGAACUAGCUUAACGCUAACAGCCUUGACCGCUUGAUAAGGUUAAGAAACAGAUUAGGUCUGUGAUCACUUUCUUCAGUAGAAAAGAAAACACCGGAUUUGUGUUUGUUUUUAUAUUUACUUCCGGUAGUUAUUAAAAUAUAUCAACAGAGAAUAUACUUAUUGACUAUUACAGACAGUCCGUCCAGAUGUUUGAUGCGCAUUCAUGUAUUUACUACAAACUGACAUAUGUUCCGUUGGUGUGGAGGUCCACCUGGCAGAGGAGUCCGCCAUACGACUCAACCAUAAUCAUGUGAGGGGCGGCGGGGUAGCCUAGUGGUUAAAGCGCUGGCUCGUCACGCCUAAGACCCGGGUUCGAUUCCCCACACGGCAACAAUGUGUGAAGCCCAUUUUCCGGUGUCCCCCGCCGUGAUAUUGGUGGAAUAUUGCUAAAAGCUUAGUAACACAAUACAAACUCGCUCACCCACCCACUAUAAUAUGUAUAUUAACCCAGUAUCGUAUGUUCGACUCAUCAGCCUUAAUUGCAGCGUAUGGUGUUGAAAUGAAAUCUUAUUCCCGUUUAUGUGAACACAUCUUAACACGAUUUCUUUAAGUUAUGUUUGUUUCUGAAAUAAGGCAGGUCGCGAGGACCACAAUAAUCCCCUUCAUGCCAUGUCCCUUUUUAAUGAGGAGGAAUAUUUAGCAUGAUCAUGAAACGAUUGCUAUAUGUCAUCACUAUGGGUAAGUCGAAUUUGUCAGUGUCAUGCACGA